AUGCUGGCGCCUCUAGUGGCAGUGCUGGCGCUCAUCGGCGCGGAGUCGACAUCAUAUCAGGUCUCGCACAUCGUCGGCGGCACCAACGUGUCGAUCCAACAGGUCCCGUGGCAGGUGUCCGUCCAGACAGGAGGCAGUCACUUCUGUGGUGGUUCCAUCAUCAGCAAGUCCUGGGUGCUCACCGCAGCCCACUGCAUCAGUAUGUCUAAGGGCUACAUGAUUCUCGCCGGCACCGCCAACUUGAAACAAGGCAAGCUCUACUCCGUCAUAGAGAAAAAGAAACACGAGAGGUACAACGUGCUGGUGGCGUACGACUGUGAUGUGGCGGUCUUGAAAAUACGAGGAGAGUUUCAGCUGGGAGAGAAAGUCAAGAUAGCGCGUCUGGCGAGAUUCCGUCCGCAGGAGGGUGCCUCAGUGCUGGUGUCUGGGUGGGGGGCGACGUCGGAGGGGGGCAGCAUAUCGAACUUCCUGCGCGCCUCCACUGUGAAUGUAGUCUCCGUGAACAAGUGCCGGAGGUGUUACUCCAGCGUGGGGCUGACGAACACCAUGAUGUGCGCCGGGGUGCCCGCUGGCGGCAAGGACUCGUGCCAGGGCGACAGCGGCGGCCCCCUCGUCUACGGCGAGAACCUCGUCGGAGUCGUCUCCUUCGGUAGGGGAUGCGCGAGACCUGGCUAUCCGGGCGUUUAUGCGGACGUGGUUUCGCUACGCAAGUGGAUCGUCAAAAACGCCGGCAUGAAGUAAAUGUGCAUUACGGUCCAGAUGACAGUCGCUUUCGAGCACCAUGUGUAUUUCCAUAUUACGAAUACGGUCUUCAGUGUGUCCACUAUAAACCAGUGGGUAGUUACGUGACUUGGAGCGGCAUCGAUGCUGAGAUUGCUGUAGGCAAAUCUCAAAAAGGUGGUUUAUACACAUAAAGCACGUGUGGCGUACGCUACGGGUUCCGCGCUGUCGACGCCUCGCAUUCGCAAUGCUCACUUUGUAGAGGAUGAUUGGCUGUAACCUGUAUCGAACCGAAAAUUGCUGUUGACGACUACGUCCCCCAGAUUCUGUAGCACUGGAAAUAAAUGA